GUGCGGGGACGCCGGCGGUCCCGGCUGACCUCUGCGCCCGGGACGUGGCCAGCAGCCAGCGGCUCCGCGCCGGGACGGGGGCACGGCCGGUCCUGGAGCUCCGCCCGUCGCCGCCCCGGGGCUUCUUUGGCGGGUACCGAAAUGGGGCCUUUCCUCUCGCGGCCGCCGGUCCCGGAGGAAAGCCGUUAAAAUUACCACGGCGAUGGAGCGCGGCCGGCCAGCGCUGCCGCGGGGACGGCGGUGACAAACGGCUCCACCGGGCUGCAGCCCCCGCGGCCGCGCUGUCGCCUCGGAUGUGAGGCGGGUCGGAUCUGGGUGAUGUGAGGCUGUGGGCGCUGAUGGGACCCCGCCGCUGUAGGGCUGCGUGUGGGGACCCGGCACCGCCAGGGCUGCGCAGCGUCGCUGCUUCCCUCCCGGCGGGGCGGCACUGCCUGCACGGCCCUGAGCGAGGUGGGAGGUGGAAGAGGGUGAACGUCGGGGCUCAGCUGGGCUCCGAGCUGCCCCGGCCCUGCAGAGCUGGGGAGGGGCCGCAGGCAGUUGUCCUCGCUCUGCCGCUCUGGAUUAGGUGUCCCCGAGGUCAGGUUUCCCUCUGCCUUCCUCCUCUUAUGCAACAGCAGCGCUGGCACCGGCUGCGCUCGGACUUUCCUGGCCUCUCCCUGCUGCCCGCAGCCCCAGGGCGGGAUGGAUGGGGCAGCUCCCCAGCGCACCCCGUGGUUACUCCCAGCCGGGGGGGUGAGGAGGGGAUCCCCAGCAGAGCCGUGGGGCGGCCCCCCGCGGCUUCCUCUGCCCACACCUCUCUCCUGUACAGAUUUGCAGCACCGUGUGGCCUCGGCUUCGGCCGCCCGGCGGUCAGCGCUGAGUGGGAGCUGCAGCGCGCGCCCGCCCGCUCCUUCCUCAACCUCGCGGGCUCCUUAACCAACAAACGCAAGGAGUACUCGGAGCGGCGCAUCAUCGGGUACUCCAUGCAGGAGAUGUACGACGUGGUCUCCAACGUGGACGACUACAAAACCUUCGUGCCCUGGUGCAAGAAGUCGGUGGUGGUCUCCAAGCGGACGGGGCACAUCAAGGCGCAGCUGGAGGUGGGAUUCCCGCCCGUCCUGGAGCGCUACACCUCCAUCGUCACCCUCAUCCGCCCGCACCUCGUCAAGGCCGUCUGCUCGGAUGGGCGGCUCUUCAACCACCUGGAGACAAACUGGCGUUUCAGCCCCGGCAUCCCCGGUUACCCCCGCACCUGCACCGUGGAUUUUUCGAUCUCCUUCGAGUUCCGUUCCCUGCUGCACUCCCAGUUGGCCACCGUGUUCUUCGACGAGGUCGUCAAGCAGAUGGUGGCGGCCUUCGAGCGCCAGGCGGCCAAGAGCUUCGGGCCCGAGACCCGCAUCCCGCGGGAGCUCAUGUUCCACGAGGUGCACCAGACGUGAGGGCGGCGCUGCGGCUGCGGACUGUGCCAGGCUCAGCCCCGCCCCCCUCUUAAAUAUUUAUUUGAGUGCGUCUUUGCUGCCGUUGCCUGGAAUUCCCUCCCGGCCCCGCGGGCGCCAAGCGCUGCUCCUGCAGGGGGCUGCUGGGAGACCCCCGGCCCCGUCGCACCACGGCAGGAGCCGCGGCCCAGCGCCGGACUCCCUCAUUUUGUAGCUGAUUUUGGUUUUAAGUUUUUCUUUUAGUUUUUUUUCCUCUUUUUUGGGGGGGGGGGGGAGGGGGAGAUUUUUUU